GUUAACGUCAGGCUUCCAGACGUCGAGCGCGAGCUUUCUAUAAAUCCACUCAACGCUGUGUCCAUUCAGCACAAUUUAACUAUGUUCUUGCUGUUUGCCCCCGAGUCGGCAGAAGUGCCAAAACAGUCAUGCACUGUUGUUGUGUGCCCUCCAGAAAGAACCUGGGAUAAGUUGGAUCGACGUUGUCUAGGCGAAGGUCCGACUUGCUGUAGAAAUGCCCCGGACAGUUUCCUGGCCUCUAGCCGUUCAUUUGGACCUGGAUCUGUAUCAAAACCGUUACUCACUGCGUCAUUCCCUUAUCGGGGUCUUAUGGGAGGAACUCUCUCAUCCCCUUUUUUUUCACUAUGA